AUGUUCAGCCUGGAGGAACACAGGGACGCUUACACCACGGAGAAGCCGUGGAAGUGUGGGGACUGCGGGAAGGGAUUUAAUUACCCGUCGCAGCUGGAAACGCACCGGCGCAGCCACACGGGGGAGAGGCCGUUCAUCUGCUCCCUGUGCGGAAAGGGCUUCACCAAGUCGUCCGGCCUGGUGACGCAUCAGCGGAUUCACACGGGGGAGAGGCCGUUCACCUGCCCUCUGUGCGGGAAGAGAUUCACGGAGCUCUCCAAGCUGCAGGCCCACCGGCGGGUCCACACCGAGGAACGGCCCUUCCAAUGCCCCGAGUGCGACAAGAAGUACAAGAGCAAGAAGGACCUGCUGACCCACCAGCACACCCACACGGGCGAGAGGCCGUUCACUUGCUCCGCGUGUGGGAAGCGGUUCACCUGGUCGUCCAACCUGCUGCGGCACCAGCUGGUCCACGCCGACGACAGACCAUUCCGCUGCUCCGCCUGCGAAAAGAGCUUCAAGACGGCGAGGGAGCUGCUGACCCACCAGCUCGUCCACACCGACCGCAGGCCCUUCCAGUGCGGUGUGUGCGGGAAGAGCUCCAAGAGCAAGCCGGACCUGCUGAAACACCAGCGCACUCACACCGGGGAGAGGCCGUUCACCUGCUCCGUGUGUGGCAAGGGAUUCACCCGCUCCUCCGACCAGCUUAGACACGAGCGGGUGCACUCGUGA